GUCCGCUCCUCCACAGGCUCAUGUGGACGUCAUCGUUCUUAGUGCAGAGAGAAGCUCUUUCUUUGGUAACACGCAGAGAUGAUGUCUGAUAGUGUCGACGCUGUGAAGCGAAAGAUCAGAGUGUUACAGCAGCAGGCUGACGAGGCGGGAGAGCGAGCAGAGUUUCUCCAGCGACAGGUGGAAGAAGAUCAGACCUCCAGAGGUCAGGCAGAGGCGGAAGUGGCCUCCCUGAACCGCCGCAUCCAGCUGGUGGAGGAGGAGCUGGACCGUGCCCAGGAGAGGCUGGCCACCGCGCUGCAGAAGCUGGAGGAGGCCGAGAAGGCCGCGGACGAGAGUGAGAGGGCGAUGAAGGUGAUUGAAAACAGGGCCCAGAAAGAUGAGGAGAAGAUGGAGCUGCAGGAGAUCCAGCUGAAGGAAGCCAAGCACAUCGCUGAGGAGGCAGAUCGGAAAUAUGAAGAGGUGGCUCGUAAGCUGGUCAUCGUUGAGGGAGAGCUGGAGCGGACGGAAGAGAGGGCGGAGCUGGCUGAGGCCCAAGCUAGGGCGCUGGAGCAUGAGCAAAGGGGCUUUGACCAAUCAUUGGAGACCCUCCAUGCCUCUGAGGACCAGUACUCUCAAAAAGAGGACAAAUAUGAGGAAGAGAUCAAAAUCCUGACGGACAAGCUGAAAGAGGCUGAAACCCGUGCAGAGUUUGCAGAAAGGUCCGUCGCAAAGCUGGAGAAGACAAUCGACGAUCUAGAAGACGAGCUUUAUGCACAGAAACUCAAGUACAAGGCUAUCAGUGAGGAGCUGGAUCACGCCCUGAAUGACAUGACCUCUAUAUAAAAUGUCUUGGAUUCGGCUGUACUUUCAAAUUCUGGUUGCAAGACUCUUCUCCAAAGCCUUCUCUGCUGGGUCUCAUCACCUUCUUCGGAUACUAACUUCCUCUGUUUCCUUUUCUCUUUUCAUGGUCUUUCUUUUUCUUUUCAAUUUGUAUACUUUAAUGUACAAUCUCCAAUAUGCCUCCUACCUAUGAUGCUCUUUCUGAACCCUGAUUGUUUCUUCCUCUGCUCUACUUAGUAUCUGUGUUUUCAUCUCAUUGUUCAACAUUCUAAACUUUUUUUUGAAUUCUCUAUAAAUAUUGAAUCCAGCUGUCUGUUUAUUUUCAAAUCUAAUUUCACUUUAUUUAGGUGUUGCUUUUCCCAUUUCUAAACAUUGAUCUUAAUUUAAUGAGAUUGUCAGUCCCACCAUUUCCUUCCCAGUGAAGUCAGGUAAUAUCAGUAAAUUACUAGCGAGAGUCUGUCAAGGAGUGCAAUAGUCAUGAUGGGGGGACAUAAGAUGGGAAGUAAAAUUAAAUAACUCUUGUUUGAGUGAUUUAUGAAAGCUAUUAAAUGAGCAAAAAAUAUGAAUCAGAUAAUAACAGUUCAUUAAUUUGUAGCAAAUGUAGCUCUUGGCUAGAUUGUAGCUUUUCACAACUUUAGAUUUGGUAGACGUCAGUAUUUCAUCAGUGUAUUGACGAAAUUGGGGCACAAUAAAAACGAGCAUACCGACUUUG